AUGCCCAGCCGCCUGGUGGGUCGGACCACCGACACCCGGGGCCGCACCGGCUACGUGCUGACCCUGCAAACCCGCGAGCAGCACAUCCGUCGGGAAAGGGCCACCUCCAAUAUCUGUACUAACGAAGCCUUGUACGCCCUGGCUUCGACCAUAUACCUGUCGGCGAUGGGUCGGCACGGGCUGCGCCAGGUGGCCGAACUCUGCUAUCACAAGGCGCACUACGCCGCCUCUGCCAUCUCCGGGCUGGCAGGAUAUGCCCUGCCCCAAUCGGGAGCGUUCUUCCAGGAGUUCGUCGUCACCUGCCCUGAAGCCCCGGCCAAGGUCAACCGCCGGCUCAUGGAGCGCAACAUACUCGGCGGCCUCGACGUCAGCGACCGGUUCGAAAACGGUAUGCUGCUCUGCGUGACCGAGAUGAACUCGCGGGCAGAUAUCGACUCCUUGGUGGACGCAUUGGCCGCCGCGAAAUGA